CUUAGCUACCCGGCGUUUGACGUUUCUCCAUCUGUCUGUCAUAUUACUGGAAAUCGAAGAAAAUUGGUCGCAAACUUCGUGAAAAUGUCUCAUAUUGAAACCAAGGCGCAUCAAUUGAUGCAGGAAGCUGAGAAGAAGCUGAGUUCUGGAGGAUUCUUCAGGAACCUGUUCACAAAGUCCUCAGAGCGGAUAGAAGAAUCGAUAGAGUACUAUAUGCGGGCAGCUAACUUAUUCAAGAUGUCGAAGAACUGGAGUCAGGCUGGACAUGCGUUUGAAGAUGCCGCAGAUCAGUGCUUGAGAAACAACAAUGAAGCUGAAGCUGCGAUCAACUAUGUUGAAGCAGCAGUGUGCUUCAAAAAGUGCGACGUGGUCAAAGCGAUUGAUCUGUACACGAAGGCUAUCGAGUUGUACCAGGAGAGAGGCAAGUUUUUAAUGGCGGCAAAAAUUCAUCAAAACAUCGCCGAAUUAAUGGAAGAUGAUUACGAUUUGAAUGAAGCUAUUCAACAUUACGAAAAAGCUGCGGAUCUUUUCAAGCAAGAAUGCAAUUUUUCCUCUGCCAAUAAGUGCCUUGUGAAAGUUGCAGAAUAUGCCGCUUUGGAAAAAGAUUACGACAAGGCAAUCAACAUAUUUCAAGAAAUCGCGUGUUUUGACUUGGCCAGCUCUUUGAUGAAAUACAGCGCGAAACAGUAUCUAUUUCGAGCAGCUAUUUGUCUGUUGUGUACUGAUACUGAUUUCAUUCCCAAGCUUCAGACUUACAUCGAUAUGUAUCCAGCUUUUGAAAAUAGCAGGGAAUACCAAUUGAUCGUAACUCUCAUGGAAAGUAUCUAUAAAGGAGAUGAAGAAUCAUUCACGGAAGCGAUCCGAAAAUUUGAUACAUCAUGCAGUCUCAGUCAGUGGCACGUCACAAUGCUGCUCAGAGUGAAGAAUCAAAGAAUGUGUAACCGCAUCGAUCUCAAAUAAAAUAGAAGAUGACUAUAUGAAUUAAAUAAUUCCCAAAGCUCGUCUUAAUUUAUUUUAUUCCAAAUAUACAGUCAGCUACAGAAUAUUGACAUUAACAUUUAAAGGCUAGUUUAGUAUGUGAAAAUUUGAAAUAAAGUGCAUAUAUAUACAUGUAGCCGGAAAUUGUACAAAACUGGUUUUAGCAAAC